CUCCGGGCGGGCCCGCAGAGGCGGGGGCAUGGCUCGGAUGGCCUCUGGGGCCGGCUGUCCCCCAGGUCGGCGACGUCCCUGCUCUAGACUUCGGUUCCCUUGUCCGAAAAACUGGGGAGAGAGCAGGGAUUAAAAGCUGUACUGCGCGUAAGUCUCGCGAGCGCCCGGCUCGGGUUGGCCUGCCUCAGUCUGGGGGGUCCUAACGUGCCUGGAAGGGUCUCAAGAGUCGCGGCGAUGGACUCUCUGGCAGCGCCCCAGGACCGCCUGGUGGAGCAGCUGCUGUCACCACGGACCCAGGCCCAGAGGCGGCUCAAGGAUAUCGACAAGCAGUACGUGGGCUUCGCCACACUGCCCAACCAGGUACAUAGAAAAUCGGUGAAGAAGGGCUUUGACUUCACGCUCAUGGUGGCUGGUGAGUCGGGCCUGGGGAAGUCCACGCUGGUCCACAGCCUCUUCCUGACUGACCUGUACAAAGACAGAAAGCUGCUGAGUGCUGAAGAACGCAUCAACCAGACAGUAGAGAUCCUGAAGCACACAGUAGACAUUGAAGAGAAGGGAGUCAAGUUGAAGCUCACCAUUGUGGAUACACCAGGCUUUGGGGAUGCUGUCAACAAUUCUGAAUGCUGGAAGCCUAUCAGUGAUUACGUGGACCAGCAGUUCGAACAGUAUUUCCGGGACGAGAGCGGCCUCAACCGCAAGAACAUCCAGGACAACCGGGUGCACUGCUGCCUGUACUUCAUCUCCCCGUUUGGGCAUGGACUGCGGCCAGUGGAUGUGGGUUUCAUGAAGGCUCUGCACGAGAAGGUGAACAUUGUGCCACUCAUUGCCAAAGCUGACUGCCUGGUGCCCAGCGAGACCCGGAAGCUGAAGGAACGGAUCCGGGAGGAGAUCGACAAGUUCGGGAUCCAUGUGUACCAGUUCCCAGAAUGUGACUCGGAUGAGGAUGAGGACUUUAAGCAGCAGGAUCGGGAACUAAAGGAGAGUGCUCCCUUUGCUGUUAUCGGCAGCAACACGGUGGUGGAAGCCAAAGGGCAGCGAGUCCGGGGGCGACUGUACCCCUGGGGGAUCGUAGAGGUGGAGAAUCAGGCGCACUGCGACUUCGUGAAGCUUCGCAACAUGCUGAUUCGCACUCACAUGCACGACCUCAAGGACGUGACCUGCGACGUGCACUAUGAGAACUACCGUGCGCACUGCAUCCAGCAGAUGACCAGCAAACUGACCCAGGACAGCCGCAUGGAGAGCCCCAUCCCCAUCCUACCACUGCCCACCCCAGACGCUGAGACUGAGAAGCUCAUCAGGAUGAAGGACGAGGAGCUACGGAGAAUGCAAGAGAUGUUGCAGAAGAUGAAGCAGCAAAUGCAGGACCAGUGACUGCUGCUUCAGCCCCAGUCGCCAGGGAGAGACCACCCACUGGCCUCUCCCACCCCUGGACCCCAAACUGGCCUGGACUCCACCCUGGAUUCACUUGGAUCUCAGAGGGGCCUGGACCCAACCCUAAACCCAGAGUGGCCCUGACGGGACUCUUCCCAACCCAGAGACGUGGAGCCACGACCCCUUACCACCCUAAUUUAUUCUCAGCAUCAGCCUCUCCAGGUCAUUCGUAUCUGUUCCCUAGGGGCCUAGACAACAGCUCCUCCCCAGAAUACCAGCCCCCUCUGGCCUUGGGGGAGUAGGAGCCAAGUCUGACACAACUUCCUAGAUUUCCCUUCCCAAGAAGGUCAGAGCACCCCGGCUCCAAGCCCUGCACUGGCAAGGGGGUCAACUAAGGCAGAGGAGGGGAAGGGGCCGGGCCCAUUUCCCCAGCCCUGUGCCACAGAGCAAAUUUAGGAGCCCUCUUGUGCCUGUUGCUGUGAGUCACCCGGUGUGUGCCGACACCCUACUUGUGCAAGGUGGGCUAGGUCUUCUCUCACCCUAACUGGUCGCCCACACUGGAGGCUAGAGCAGGCAGCUGGGAAGGCACCCGACUAGCAGGCUGCCGUUGAGGAGGGUAAGGCCCGCAGCCAAAGCAGGCCAGCCCCGUCCCCACCACCUCCAGCAAACCUGGAGAGACCUAGGGGCAGUGUGGGCAGCAGGCCACCCCUGGCAACCCUCAGGCCCAGGCGGCUGUUCCCUGCCCAUGCUUGGGGUGCCCUCUCCAACAGCUGGGGUCUCGGGCCCACAGCCUCCUCCAUCUCUCCACCCGCAUGAUCCCGCCACCCUACACACACCUCCGUUUUGUUCAGUUGUGAAUGCCACUUCCUGUCCUGGUGACAGGAGAACAAUGUUGGUAUAUGUC